AUGCUACUUCUUCCGCCUUUCCUCAUCAUGACCAACUUAUUGUUGUCAUGCUAUGCUUACUACGUGGAGUUGCAAGCAAAUAGGGCGCAAAGAUAUGGUGAUACGUACCGUGCCUACUGCGAUGUCGGGAUGUUUUCAUGCACCCGUGUUUUCACCUCCGAGUACCGCUCCAUUUCCCGGCUGGUUGGAUUACCGGAAGUGUCAAACGCAUUGUUGGGUAUCGCUUUCUAUAUGAUAGAGUUGAUGGCAUGCAGGUGUUCUCUUCUCUUAUUGUGGUUAAGUGCGUGUAGCUGUGUCUUAUCGGUUGUGUUGCUAUUUGUUUUGGUGUUUAUUUUGAAAGAUUUAUGUGUGGUUUGCUGCUCAAUGUAUGCGAUCAACUUUAUCACGUUUGCCCUGGCGGUGCGGUGGAGGAGUCAGACUGGUCGGGUUCAUGUCGAUUGA